AUGGGAUUUUCAUGCGGGGAUCAUUUUGACGAAAAGGAGAUUGAGUUUCCCUUAAUAGAUGAGAUUAGUGCAACACAAGAAAGCAGUAUCAUCAUGGAAGUGCAUCAUCAUCGGGGGGUUGAUAAAAACACAGAUUUCUUCCCAGUUGAACACCCUAUGGAGCCACCAGAUGAAGAUCGUCCGGUGAAAUGCCCAAUGCCUGAAUCUUCCGUCAUCAAUGAUGAAAGAAUGCAUGAAAACAGGUUUGCAGAAAGCUUAAGGAAGAGAGUAGAGAUAUCUGGAGACAUGGCGGAUAGAGAAAGAACAGUUUCAAUGGACACAGAGGCCCCAGCUCGAGGAGUACGAAAGCGGCAUCACACCCUCACACAUGAAGGAGACCUUGUGAUGACUCCAUUCAUGAGAAUGCCACCUCUCCCUCCCUUACCAACCCAGAAUGUCACUAUCUUUCAAGUGCUUCAGCAGUUGGACAAGUUUGAAUCUUAACAAAGAAAUAAAUUCAAUCACAACAUUCUGUGUAACGAGGGAUGCAUUUUGAUUAUAAGCUGAGCGACCUUCAAUAGAGCAAGACGAAAAGCAUUGGU